AUGCGCUGUGAAAUCGUUUGUUCCGUUUGCUCGCAAUUGGGUGAUCACGAACUUGCCACUCAACAAUGCAGCAGUUGUCAAAACUCUUUUUGUGACUUUCAUGGAAAAAAGCAUCUGGAACGCUAUCCUCAACAUGAUUUGACUUCAAUGUACGGAGCUUGUGUCGAAAACCUCUCUCAUGUAUGUCCUUACCACCUUAUACCUGCUAAUACUUAUUGUCGGACUUGUGAAGCGUUAAUCUGCUCGUCGUGUGGACUGAGUCAAGCUCACAAAGGACAUUCAUGUGAAUUGAUUGAAGAGGUUGUAGAACAGGAGAGAUGGUGUCUCAAACAACAAGUGACAUUAUUGGCUAAGAAUAUUUCUCAAUGGGUUCAAGAACACUCGUGUGACGAAGUGAUAUUGAACUAUGAACUUUUCGAAAUUGAAAAGAAAGAAAAAGCAUCAAGGGAGCAAGUAAAGUCAUUCUGUGAUAAUGCAAAGAGAAUGAUUGAUCAACGAGGUCAGGAAUUGGAAGAACGAAUCAAUGAAUUGUGUCAGGAAGGAACUGAUGCACUACGAAGCAUAUUAGGGUUAAAAGAAGCUCAAGCAGACCUGAAAAGAACCUUUGAAGACAUGGAAUCCCUUGGAUCUUUUGCACUGCUAGAAGCAAAAACAACCAAAUUUGUUCAAGUUGAAAGACAGUUCAACAAAUUGAAAAACAACUAUUCAGGACAUUUUGAAAAGCUUCAUCAAGUGCAAGUGGAAGGAUUAGAGGAAGGUUUACAGGAAUUGCAAAAGAAACUAUCAUCCAUUGGAAACGUCAAGGCCCAUAAUUUUAGUGUCACAUUUUCAAAUUUAGGAGCAGAAGGAGCCACAGGACCUACAAAUAUUGGGACACAUUACUCAGACCAACUAUUUCUUCAUGGUAAGGUGACGCACCGAGAUGGUAUUCAGCAGUGGAAAGUACCAUUUGAUGGAGACUUUGUAAUAACAGCUGCUGGAGCAGCAGGGGGUUCCAAUCCAUACAAAACUUCGAUUCGUGCUGGCUACGGUGCAGAAGUGAGAGGUGUAUUCCAUCUCACUAAAGAAACAAUAUUAUCAAUAUUGGUGGGACAAAAAGGAGGAGAUGCAAAAGGUUCUGUGUAUGGAGGAGCAGGUGGUGGCGGAGGAGGUACCUUUGUCGUUCAAUCACCAACCAACACUCCCUUACUUGUUGCUUCUGGAGGAAAUGGAUGCAAUUAUGGCAAUUGGAAAACUAACGGUCCUGGAGGAAGAGGUCCUAUGACAAAUGAGAACUACAGUGUUGAGAAACCUUCCCAGAGUGAUCGAGGAGGAGGUGGUGGUGGAUUUACCUGCUCGGGAAAGAAUGGGCAGUUCAAUACACAAGGAGGAUGUUCUUUUCUGAAAGGGGGUAAAGGAGGUACUCAUUCACACUUUCACUAUGGGGCAGACGGUGGAUUUAGAGGAGGGGGAAGCGCCUUACACGAGGGAGGAGGAGGUGGUGGUUAUGUUGGUGGAAGUGUUGUGACUCAAAAUCUAUGCGAUGCGGUAUUUCCAACCAAUGGUGCCGUUUCUUACAACUCUGGAACGAACCAACAAGCAAGAGAAGAUUAUAACAGUGGACACGGUUACGUCAUUAUCACAAGCGAACAGCUGGGCUGA